AUGAGUAAACAACUUGUUAGUGAAUUAAACAAGAUUAUAGAAAAGUAUGUCUUGUGUGAUAUGUAUACUAUGGCCGAAACUAGAAGUUUUUACAAUCUUUUCCCAAGUAGUACCCUCGGAAUAAAAUAUGACAAGUGUCAUGAUGGAGCAUGCAUUAACCAACGGCCAACUGCUUCCCUUGUGUGUGAUGCAGACAGCAUUGAUAAGCACUGCCCUCGUCUGAUCGGUAAGUCCGAGAAUCCAAAUUAUUUUAAGAAUACUUACUAUUUUAAGAAUACUUUAAGAACAGUACUUGCAUUUACUGUCACCAUAAGAAAAGCCUGGAUCGACAGCUCGUCAUUUCGCAACUGUCUUCAUCGUUUUAAUAGUCAAAUUGUGGCUCAGAAUAAGCACGUUUAUAGGACACUAGGCAGAUGUACAGCCCAUAACAUACAUGAUCUGAACUUAACCACCAUAAAGAUUCAUGUUUCUCGCCCAUAUUCAACAAGUCGUCUUCAGCCUUUGAAUCAAAGCAAUAUUGCAGUUAUGAAGAGAUCUUAUCACAAGCGACCUGUGAGGGCUGCUAUUUGA